UUUCUAUUCUGCAGGGAUUGUGGAGACUCAUUCCACAAGUACUGUUUCGACCUCACCUUGAAGAUUCCCCCAGAGAAGCGGAACAUGUGGAGAUGUCCGGCUUGUAGGAUCUGCGAGGUGUGCAAAGGCGAGGAGAACUGGGACGAGAUGCUCUGCUGUGAUGAGUGCGACAGAGGGUUCCACAUCUACUGCUUGAGGCCUCCUCUGAAGCAGAUCCCAGCGGAGGGCUGGAGGUGCAGCGAGUGUGUCCGUUGCCUGAGCUGUGGCUCCAAGACCCCCGGGCCCAAGGGGAGCGAUCGGUGGCGAAAGGACUACACCUUGUGCAGUUCGUGCUGGGUGGAGUAUGAGAAGAAGAACUACUGCCCGAUCUGCAAAGUCGUCACCUCCUCCAAGGACAUCAAGAUGGUCAACUGUGACUCGUGCCAGAUGUGGGUGCACGUAACGUGC